AUGAAAAACAACAUAAAAAAACAAUAGGCAACUUUGCUUCCCCCAAUUGAUAGAAGAUAAACUCAACCUAUUUAGUUCGAUUAAAUUAAUUAAUUAAUCAAUCAAUCGCUAUUCAUUCCGAAAUAAAAUAGAGCUUAAUCCCUAUAUUCCUUAGAAUCAUAAGCUCAGGAUUCAGCUAAACAAUACACUAAGAUAUCUCCCAGGAAAAAUAUUAAGGAUUAUAAUAAAUGGUAUGUUCCUCCCAAAAAAAGGUUCCUUGAUUUACGAAAAGAAUCUCAAGAAUUUUAAUAAGAAUAAUAUAUUAUAAAUACAUAUGCUCAAUAAUAAAUGAAAUACAAUUAAAUAUUGAAAGAGUCUAAAUAAUUGGCGUAAUUUGUUGAAGAAGUAUUAAUGAUAUAGAUAUACUAUAGUUUUAUAAAAAACAUAAACGUAGCCCUUCUUUCAUCCAUUGA